UUGCGCAGUUCAAACGCUAUUACAGCUUUUCAACGGUCUUCGUGAGCUCGAUCGUUUAUUACGACCUUGAAGAAUGGACGUUCUAAAAGCAGAGAUUGAGCGCAAGCGUAAGGAACUGGAAAACAGGCAGCUCGUCGGACCCCAGAGGAAGUUCUUCAAGCGGGAAGAGCUGAUCAAGCAGACGACUGAGGAGUAUGAGCAACGACGCCGAGCCAAGCAUCAGGACGAAGAUGAUGAUGAGUCGUCAUUGUCGCUGUCAGUGGCCAGCCUCCUCAAGAAGAAGCAGGAGGACGAACGUGUGCUGCCAAGGAAAGAGGUGAUCAGGCGCCUUAGGGACCGUUCUGAGCCAAUACUGCUUUUCGGUGAAACAGAGACAGAAGCCUUCCAUCGACUGCGACGCCUGGAGAUUCUGGAGCCUGAGGUGGACAGGGGCCUCCGCAAUGACUUUCAGGAGGCAAUGGAGAAAGUGGACCAAAUCUACCUGGACGAGAUCCUUAAGUCACAGGGCAAAACCGAAGACGGGAAGUCGGUGCAUGACGUCAAGGUUGAGAAUGAUGGAACCACCUUGGAAGACAUCCAGAACAUAGCGCAGGAACUCGGCGAGCGCAGAAACAAGGGAAAAGAUGCGGAGAUGAUUCUUACUGCCCUCAGGUUCAUCCUGCAAAUGUGGGGCGAGCGGCUGAAUGCUCGGCCCGAGCCUGAGAAGAUGUCGAUGCGGGGCAAGCUGGCAUCGGCGACAUACGGCCAGACGCAGUCAUACCUGCGACCGCUGUUCAAGCGUCUCCGCAAGGGCACCAUCCCUGAGGAUAUCCUCGAGCACCUGGUGCGGAUUGUUAAAAACAUGCUACUCAAGGAGUAUGUCAAGGCCAAUGACGCAUACCUGCAGAUGGCCAUUGGCAAUGCCCCCUGGCCCAUUGGUGUCACCAUGGUGGGCAUUCACGCCCGAACAGGUCGCGAGAAGAUCUUCGCACAGAACAUUGCCCAUGUCUUGAAUGAUGAAACUCAACGCAAGUUCAUUCAAGCACUCAAGCGGCUCAUGACACAGUGCCAACGGCUCUUCCCCACUGAUCCAUCGCGGUCUGUUGAGUACAACGCCUGAGCAAUGAAACAGCUCCUGGAAAAUUGCUGUGAAAGCGCUUCAAGUAUAAAGGGCCCUAGCUGUGCUCGAGGACAGUGCUGUGGUAGUUGGGGCCAGUGUACGAACAACUUCUGCGUGACACACGCAAACCACCUUCCCUGUGCACAUAAGUGCGAACUACAUGCAUUGUGCUUUUCAUCAUUGCACAAGAAUGACAUCAGGUCAAACGUGUGACUCAGAUGCAGAUAAUUUUUUUUUUUUUUUUUUGUCCCUGCUCUGUAGUCACUUCAUGAAUGAAUUAAAACCGCAAGUUGUAUUUAUUCUGAAGCAAGCUUCAUGGCCAAGCCCAUGUGAAGUCGGACUGCUACAAGUUUAGGGUCUUCACCGUGACUACUUUCGACAACAGCACAUUACAUUGCAGCAAUUUUCUCAGCCACUGCCCUGGCUUGGUUAAUGAUUGCUGUGGUAUUGGCCCUUUCAGUCCCGAAUUACCAGCGCAUGGCUGUAAAAAGUUAAUUCCUCUAAAAUGAAGUCAUUCCAAAUCAAAUAUGUAUGUGGGAAAUAACAAACAGGCUCUGCACACUUGCGUGGGAAAAACAAAAUUUUGUUGCACGAUUCUAAUUGGAAUCAUGUUAAUUUCAGGCAUUUUCACAAGAUUAAUGCACAUUUGUUCAUAAUGUAUUUCGUAUCAGGCUGUCAUAGAUAAAAUAUCCAUAAAAAGAAAGAACUUUAGAUAUGUUUCCUCAGCUGGAAUUUGUGAACAGCACAAAGUGGUGCAUGCAUGUACAAAAGCCUCUCAAUGCGAAGUUUUUGUGCUGUUAUGAACAUGGCCAGUGUGCACAAUGCUGUCAACACAUUGAAAUAAAAUUUUUAUCUUUCCCAUUACA